UGUCGGGUGGGGAGAUAAUAAAAAGAGAGUUGCUCCGUUGCACUCGUCGCGCAUCUGCGUGAUAAUUCGAGAAGUGAAGAGUAAAGCUGCUCUCCUUCGGCAAACAACACAGAUAAGAAAGCAAUCAUAUAAUAAGCAUGUCGACCGGCAAGAAGUUCACCGUCCAAACAGUUUUGGGGCAGGUGAAUGUCAAGGACCUGGGUCACACGCUGACCCACGAGCACGUGAGCGCCACCGUGGCCGAAAAGCCUGAAGUUUUUUACAGGCGGGCACCGGAAAAUGUCGCCAAACUGCCCAAUUUCGACGACAAAAGCAUCCACCUGGGAAAUGCCGGACUCGUUCGGCAAUAUCCGUACAGCAACUUCUUUAACAUGGAAUUCCAGAACGACAGUUCGAACCAAGCCGUGUUGGAAGACCUGAAGGUUUUCAAGAGCAGCGGCGGCGGCACAAUCGUGGAAAACACCUGUCACGGCAUCGGCAGGAACUCCGCCUUCAUGGUGAAAGCCAGCAAGGAAACUGGAGUCAACAUCGUUGCAGGAACAGGCUUCUACGUGCAGUUGGCCUUUGGAAGCGACUCGAUUUUGAGCAGUUCCGUCGAGCAGCUGGCCAGCAUCAUGAGAGACGAGUUGACUGUCGGCGUUCCUGAAGCACCAGACGUCAAAUGCGGGGUCAUCGCGGAAAUCGGCAGCGUUUGGCCCAUAACAUCUUUCGAAAAGAGGGCGAUCGAGGCUGCAGCCGUGGUGCAAGCGGAGCUGGGGGUUGGAGUUUCGUUCCACCCUGGUCGCGACAGUGGUGCACCAGAGGAAAUCGCGAGGAUUUAUCUGGAGGCAGGCGGCGACCGGCACAAGGGCGUUUUGUCCCACCUCGACCGCACGCUGCACACCAAGGAGGACUUGCUGAGUUUCGCCGACACCGGAUUCUACUGCCAAUUCGACCUGUUCGGCAUGGAGACGUCGCUCUAUCAGCUCAACCAGCAGGUCGACAUGCCGUCCGAUGCCGAACGCGUCAACCGAAUCAAGUGGCUCGUCGAAGAUGGACGCGCAGACAAGAUUACCGUCGCCCAUGACGUACACACCAAGCACAGGCUCAUGAAAUAUGGAGGGCACGGCUACAGCCACAUCCUCCUCAACGUGGUCCCGCAAAUGAGGACCAAGGGGCUGACUGACGAGGUCAUUCAGGGCAUUUUAAUCAAGAACCCGCAGAAAUGGCUCGGCGUUGAUCCCGACUACCAGCCAAGGUCCAUCACGGUGCUUUGAAUAAAAAUAAUUAAAAAAGGUCCUGAAGCGAGAAAAUAUAAAUUACUACUGAAAAUAAAAUGUAUAUGAGUGUAAUUUAAUCAGGAGAUUUUCUUUUGUGACUUUUAAAAAAUUGUAUAAGUAUUUAAUAAAUUUGAGAUAUAUAGUGCAUAA